CGCGCGCGGCCCGCCGGGAGCGGCGCGGUGCCCGCUGGGAACAGGUCACCAUGGCGGCCCGUGUCCUCUCGGCCUGCGUCCGCCGCCUCCUGCCCCGGCCGCCCCCCGCCGCCCCGCGGCCCGCCGCGCUCGGCACCCUCUGCCCCCGCCGACCGCCGGCCCCGGCCCCGCCGCUGCCGCAGCUGCUGGCGCAGGUGCCGCGGGCGGCCUGGCCGCCGUGCCGCCGGUUCUCCGACCUGCCGCCCCUGACCUUGGCGGACAUCAAGGACCGCGUCCUCUACGUCCUCAAGCUGUACGACAAGAUCGACCCGGAGAAGCUCACAGCUGAGUCCCACUUCAUGAAAGACCUGGGUUUGGACAGUUUGGACCAAGUGGAAAUUAUCAUGGCUAUGGAAGACGAAUUUGGAUUUGAAAUUCCUGAUGGAGAUGCAGAAAAGUUAAUGUGUCCACAAGAGAUUGUAGAUUACAUUGCAGACAAGAAGGAUGUUUAUGAAUAAAAGCAGUUCUUCAAUGCCUGGAGAUGUCUCUACCACUAGGACUGGGCUGGUGUCAGCGGGUAUGAAUAUAAGCGCACAUGCUGUACUGUUGCUGCUUUCACCGGGAAGUUGUACUUGGACGUUGUAUUUAAAGCUGUCUGAAUGUGUUGUCCUUCAAAAACAAGAAAAAAAAGGAAUAAAUAUAUAAGACCAUU